UUUUUUUUAAGUUAUUAGUAGAGAUGGGGUCUUGAUACGUUGUCCAGCUGGUCUCAAGCUCCCGGGCUCAAGUGAUCCUCCUGCCUUGGCCUCCCAAAAUGCUGGGAUGACAGGCCUGGCCCACUGUCCUCACUUCCAACACCAUGGGCCCCUUUUGCCUGGUUUGAACUUAAUAUAAUUGCAGCUGUACCCUAGAAUCAUCAGGGGCGACCCGAGUCCAUGUCAGUCUGUAUUGUCACAUGGCCACAGACUAUCUCAUGGCUGGGACAGUCACAGUUUAUUCCCCCAGACCCUUGGGACUGAAAGAAUCCAAGAUCUGGAUCUCCUCUAUAGCGUCCAGAACCACAGCCCCCGUCCUGAAGCACAUGGCCUUCACACGUGGUUCUGCACGAAGGGAAUUUUCUGUCCUGCUUCCUUGGAUACAACAAUAAUCAGGAAACAGUCACUUUCAUCAGGGAGCAGUCAUCUUGAACUGUGAUGAGGGGGUGACCGGCUAUCCCUGGGCAGGGGAUGGGGAGGGUGGGUGGGGGCUGGCUGUGGGGGCUCCGUGCCUGGAUGUGAUGUUGAAAUUUUGUGUUGCUUUAACUGCCUUUACUUUCUGAGCUAGGGGCUGUCUCCAUCCAUAGCAAAAGUGUAACUUUGUUGUAGAUGGGCGUAAGCCUCACCCUGGAGAGCGCUAGUAAGUACAGACCAGGUGAACCAGACCCCAGCCUGGACCCCACCCUGUCGUGCCCAUCUCCCCAACCCCAGAGUUCCCUCCGUAGCAGGGGACAGGGAGGGUGUGAGACAAGCUUGGGCCCAGCACAGAUCCUGGGGUGGGGGCUCGGGCUGGUCGAAAAAAGUCAGCCCCCUCUGGAUUGGGGGUCCUCAUGUGGGGGUCUCUCAGCCCUGUGGGAAGCUGGGAGCUUCCUAAACUUGUGUCCAAAUGACUAGUUUCCCAGGGGUGGGUCCAUUCCCAUCAAUCCUCAAAGGAGAGCCUGUCACCCCAAGAUUUUAAAAGCCUGAGCUGUAGAUGACAAGACUUGGGAUGCUGGGCCACAGUUCCUCUCCCAGAGAGUGAGGGCUCGUCACAGACUGAGGGGUCAGAAACAAAGUGGGGAGAGGCCUCUGCCCACAUUGGUGGGAAAAGCUGAGUUGACCUGAGCCUGACAUUCCUGAGCUGCUGGACUUGGGCGUUCACCAGUGUAUGUGACCUGCAAAGACUUCACAACACUACCCAGGUGGCAUUGAGUAUCCAACCUGGGAAGGGAUAGCUCCACGUCACAUCGGUCCUAUUCACACAGCCCUCUUAGUCCCAGUGUUGGGCCUGCAGGAGGAACAGAGAGAUCCCCCCAGAGACCCCAGAACAUUGAAGGGAAAGCAGCAAACCUUGCAUCAAGGUGCUCGCCAAGAACUGGGCCUCCAGGGUGGGAGGGGUGCUUCGGGCCAAUCUUGAAGCAUUGGCUUCUAGCUGUUGAGGUCCUGGGCGUACUGAGAUGGUACUUGUUUCCUAACAAAACAUUUUUUGUAAGUGCAUUCACCAAUAGAGGGCCCACCUAUUCUGGUGGAGAGAAUUGGAAAAGGUUCCAGAAUCUGGGCAGAAGCCUGGCUGUUCCCAGUGAGGGCUCUCCCUUGCCAGCACUCCCUCCCACCCUCACUCUGACCAACACAGCCACUCAUAUCCCUGGAGAAGACAGCUUUGGCCAAGUUGUAAAACAUCUCUGAGCCUCAGUCUUCCCAUCUUGGAAAUGGGGGCAGUUGUCCCAAUGCCAAGAUAAUUGAGUGUGAAGCCCUCCCCUGUCCCAUGCUGCCUAGUACCGAAGGCACUUGCUUUGUGGCCCUGGCUGUAAGAAUGAUCAUUUCUGAGUCAGACCGAGGGAAUCAGCCCCUGAGAAUGUGACUUGACCUAGUUUACUCCCACCCCCCGCUCUGCAAGUCUGAGCCUCCUGUCGAGCAGAGAUAAGCUCAUAGGCAACAAAGAGCGCUUUGACAUGGAAGAGGUUCUGGGCCACUGGGCUCGGAGGCGGCGGGGCCUGAGCAGCGUCCCGGGCCCCAGAGCUGCUGACGUGGGUCCCCAAGGAGGUUGUUGGCUGUUCUUUUGCCACUGCUCUGUUAACUCAUAACUGCUGUUCUCACUAGAGGCUACUGGCAGAGACCAGGCAGGAGCUCCUGGAGCCAAGGUGCGGCUUCAGGUCCAGAGCGUGGAGAAGCCUCAGUACCGUGGGACGUUGCACUGCUUCAAGUCCAUCAUCAAGCAAGAGAGUGUGCUGGGUCUGUACAAGGGCCUGGGCUCGCCGCUCAUGGGGCUCACCUUCAUCAACGCGCUGGUGUUCGGGGUACAGGGCAACACCCUCCGGGCCCUGGGCCACGACUCGCCUCUCAACCAGUUCCUGGCAGGCGCGGCGGCGGGCGCCAUCCAGUGCGUCAUCUGCUGCCCCAUGGAGCUGGCCAAGACGCGGCUGCAGCUGCAGGACGCGGGCCCGGCACGCACCUACAAGGGCUCGCUGGACUGCCUCGUGCAGAUCUACGGGCACGAGGGUCUGCGUGGUGUCAACCGGGGCAUGGUGUCCACGCUGCUGCGAGAGACGCCCAGCUUCGGCGUCUACUUCCUAACCUACGACGCGCUCACGCGGGCGCUGGGCUGCGAGCCGGGCGACCGCCUGCUGGUGCCCAAGCUGCUGCUGGCAGGUGGCACGUCGGGUAUCAUGUCCUGGCUCUCCACCUACCCUGUGGACGUGGUCAAGUCACGGCUGCAGGCCGACGGGCUGCGGGGAGCCCCGCGCUACCGCGGCAUCCUGGACUGCGUGCGCCAGAGCUACCGCGCCGAGGGCUGGCGCGUCUUCACACGGGGACUGGCGUCCACGCUGCUGCGCGCCUUCCCCGUCAACGCUGCCACCUUCGCCACGGUCACCGUGGUGCUCACGUACGCGCGCGGCGAAGAGGCCGGGCCCGAGGGCGAGGCUGUGCCCGCGGCCUCCGCCGCCCCUACGGGGCCCGCUCUGGCGCAGCCCUCCAGCCUGUGACACUCACCCCGCCCUCCUUCCCCAGGGCCCCUUCUCAGAAACCUGAGACAUACAUUGGCCCCUGGGUCGAUUGCCGUGCUCCUGCUCGGAUGCCGGGGGCUGUGGACUCUCUCAGACCUGGGCUGAAUUGUGCUGAUCAGCCGGGUGGCUUUGGCCGAGAACUUCACUUGCCUCAGUAUUCUCAUCUGUGAAAUAAGGACCCUCAUACCCACAUUGGAGAGUCCCGAAGGUCGGAGAUUAUUCUGAGUGGCAGCCAGCACCUGGCCUGGCUGAGGCCAUUGCACCAUUCAUUAUCCUGGUAAUUGAGGCAGCCACUCCUGCCCCUUUCUGGGGUCCUGGCCACGCCACUGUGCUCCUGCCCUGCAGGCUGGCUCCCAGGGCUCUCUGCUGGCCCACCAAGGGGCUGCCCCGGGACCUGGCUCCACACAUCCUCCACCCGGGAGGCUGGUGCGCCACCUCUGGUCUGUGUUAGGGACAGAGGAAGGCUUGGUGUGCCUCCUGGUAUCGCAGAACUGGAUCCUCUGCAUACCCCAGCUUCUCCACAUGCCACUGCUAGGGGUACCCCAGCUGCUGCCACUCCUGCUGGAGGGUGAACUGGGGACCCUCCCCCCUCCGGGAAGCCAUGGAGUCUGCUGGAGGCACCGUAUCAGCCGACGGGACUAGCGUGGGGAGCAGACAGACCAGUGGGUGGAGGUCUCGACAGUUCAAGUGUGAUGCAGCUGUGGCAAGGAGAAAUCCUUCCACCUCUGGGCCUCAGGCUGCCUGUCCAUAAAAUGGGGACAUGGCCAGCUGAUGGACAACUGAGUCUCUGGCCCACCCAUCCCCGCCAGCCAGGAUCCCCCAAGGUGUGCAGAGGGCUCAGCAGAGAACAAUAUGGGAUCCCCCUCACCAGGGCUGGAACACCUCCAGCCACAAAGAAGCCAAAGGUCAGUUCCUCUUGCUCCCCAGCAAACGGUGCCUCCUAGGCAUUCUCAGAGCCAGGGCUUCAUCCCUGUGAAGGCACAGGGUCCGCUAGUGGGCACAGGGGUGGCUAGUUGGGGCCUGGGGCAGGAGAAGGCCGUCCCAGGCAUCCUGGGGACUGUGCUUGAUGAAGACGACACUGGGCUUUGCACAGCCUGAUGUCGCUGCACAGAAACUGUCAAGGGAAUAAAGUUUUCUUUGUUUUUUAA